GCAUGAAUAUCUAACAAACCACUUUAAGGUUAUUAAUCAAAUAGAAACAUAAAGAAUAGGAAGCAAUGUGGAGGCUAAAGAUAGCAGAAGGAGGGAAUAAUCCUUAUGUUUUCAGUACAAAUAAUUUUCUAGGAAGACAAACAUGGGAGUUUGAUCCUGAAGCCGGCUCGCCUGAAGAACGAGCGGAGGUUGAAGAAGCUCGCCGGAAUUACUGGAAUAACCGAUUUCAUGUCAAGCCAAGUUCUGACCUUCUUUGGCAAUUUCAGUUUAUGAGGGAGAAAAAGUUCAAACAAACAAUUCGAAAAGUGGAAAUUGGAGAUGGCGAGGAAAUUACAGAUGAAGCUGCAACAACCGCUUUAAGAAGGACAGUCCACUUGUUUUCGGGCUUACAAGCCCGUGAUGGCCAUUGGUGCGCAGAAAAUGCUGGCCCAAUGUUCUAUUUUCCUCCGCUGGUGUUUUGUCUUUACAUUACAGGUCAUCUUAAUACGGUAUUCUCUUCAGAGCAUCGCAAAGAAAUCUUACGUUACAUAUAUUGCCAUCAGAAUGAAGAUGGUGGAUGGGGAUUGCACAUAGAAGGUCACAGCACAAUGUUCUGUACAGUUCUGAAUUAUAUAUGCAUGCGCUUACUUGGUGAAGGACUAAAUGGUGGUAUAGAUAAUGCAUGCGAAAGAGGAAGAAAAUGGAUUCUUGAUCAUGGUACUGCAACUGCCAUAAGCUCUUGGGGGAAAACAUGGCUAUCUAUACUUGGUGUGUAUGAAUGGGAUGGAAGCAACCCUAUGCCACCAGAGUUUUGGCUAUUUCCACAAAUUUUGCCAAUGCAUCCAGCAAAAAUGUUUUGCUAUUGUCGACUCACAUACAUGCCAAUGUCAUACUUAUACGGUAAGAGAUUUGUCGGUCCAAUUACGCCCCUCAUUUUGCAAAUCAGAGAAGAAAUUUAUGAUAAACCUUAUAAUAAGAUCAAUUGGAAGAGCGUCCGCCAUUUAUGCGCAAAGGAGGAUAAUCACUACCCUCAUACUUUGAUACAAAUAUUGAUGUGGGAUGCUCUUUACAUGUUCAGCGAGCCGAUUCUUACUCGAUGGCCUCUUAAUAAAUUGAGAGAGAAGGCUCUCAAAAUAACUAUGGAUCACAUUCAUUAUGAAGAUGAAAACAGUCGAUAUAUUACUAUCGGAUGUGUUGAAAAGCCCUUAAACAUGCUCACUUGUUGGGUGGAAGAUCCUAAUGGGGAUGCUUUUAAGAAGCAUCUUGCAAGGAUAGCAGAUUACAUAUGGCUUGGAGAAGAUGGAAUAAAAAUGCAGAGUUUUGGUAGUCAAGUAUGGGAUACAAGCCUUGUCCUCCAAGCUCUGAUUGCUAGCAAUCUAUCUGAUGAAAUAGGACCUACACUCAAGGAAGGACACAGCUUCUUAAAAAAUUCUCAGGUCACUGAGAAUCCUUCCGGCGACUUUAAAAGAAUGUUUCGACAUAUUUCAAAAGGGUCAUGGACUUUUUCUGAUAAGGAUCAUGGGUGGCAAGUCUCUGAUUGUACUGCAGAAAGUUUGAAGUGUUGUCUACUUUUCUCAAUGAUGCCCUCUGAAAUUGUGGGUGAGAAAAUGGAACCAGAGAAGAUGUAUGAUGCUGUCAAUCUCAUACUUUCUCUUCAGAGUGAAAAUGGUGGAGUAUCAGCCUGGGAACCAGCAAGAGCAAAUUUAUGGCUGGAGUGGCUCAAUCCUGUGGAAUUUCUUGAAGAUCUAGUAAUCGAACAUCAGUAUGUGGAGUGCACAUCUUCAUCAAUCCAGGCUUUAGUUCUAUUUAAAAAGUUGUAUCCUGGUCAUAGAAAGAAAGAAAUUGAAAAUUUCAUAACAAAAGCUGUACAGUUUCUUGAGGAUAUCCAAAAGCCGGAUGGUUCAUGGUAUGGGAAUUGGGGAAUAUGCUUCAUAUAUGGUACCUGGUUUGGACUUGGAGGAUUAGCAGCCGCUGGCAAGACCUAUGAAAAUUGUUCAACUAUACAAAGAGGAGUUGAUUUUCUACUUAAAUCACAAAAACCAGAUGGUGGAUGGGGAGAAAGUUACCUUUCUUGCCCUAAUAAGGUAUAUAUUUCUUCCGAAGUGGAUCGCUCAAACUUGGUGCAAACUGCACUGGCUAUGAUGGGACUAAUUUUUGGUGGUCAGGGUAAGAGAGAUCCUACCCAAUUACAUCGUGCUGCAAAGUUACUGAUCAAUUCACAAACUGAGCUCGGCGAUUAUCCUCAACAGGAACUAAUGGGAGUAUUCAUGAGGAAUUGCAUGUUACACUAUUCAGCUUAUAGGAAUAUUUUUCCUACAUGGGCUUUAGCAGAAUACCGUCGUCAUCUUUUUUUACUUUCCUAAAUCUAUGACUUUUAUAGAACAAAUUCAAAUAUAAAUUCAGAAAUUCGACCAAGCUUAA